AUGAAGGGUCCUCUAGAUCGAACUAAAGUGGUGCUGCGGCACUUGCCGCCGACGAUUUCUCAGUCAAACCUCACCGAGCAGGUUGAUUCACGCUUCUUGGGCCGCUACCACUGGCUUGUCUUUCGACCGGGCAAACAAAGCUCAAAGCAUGUGACAUAUUCUAGAGCUUACAUUGACUUUAAUAAACCAGAAGAUGUGAUAGAGUUCGCUGAGUAUUUUAAUGGCCAUGUUUUUGUCAAUGAGAAAGGAACUCAAUUUAAAACAAUUGUUGAGUAUGCUCCUUCACAACGUGUUCCAAAGCAAUGGUCAAAGAAGGAUGGCCGUGUGGGGACUAUUUUGAAAGAUCCUGAAUAUUUGGAGUUCCUUGAACUUCUCGCAAAGCCUGUUGAAAAUCUUCCCAGUGCAGAGAUACAGUUGGAGAGGAAGGAAGCAGAGCGUGCAGGUGCUCCAAGGGAUGAUCCCGUUGUGACUCCUCUAAUGGACUAUAUUCGGCAGAAAAGAGCUGCAAAGGGUGAAGCUCGGAGAACUGUUGUGAAUGGAAAGCCAACUAGAAAAGUGAGUGGAACGUCUUCCAGGAGUCCACUCUCCGGUUCCUCAAAGAGAGGCUUGGAGAAAAGGAGGACUUCUUCUACCAUGUAUGUACUGAAGGAAAGUUCCAAGAUUGUAAGCAGCAAUGACAAACCAACUUAUUUACUGGUGCAUAAACAUGAUCAACAGCCUAUGGGCAAGUCUGUCGAUGCAGCAGCUGUGUCGGGAAAUGAAGCAUUCGAAGGAGGCCCUGGAUCUAGUGGAAGCGGGAAGAAGAAAAUCCUGCUUCUGAAAGGAAAAGAAAAGGAAAUUCCCAGUAUACCCGAUGGUUCAUCAACCCAGCAGAAUGUUGCAAGUCCUGCCAAACCUUCUCACAGUUCUGGUCCUCUGAGACAGAACCAACGGCGUGAAGCUAGUGGAAGGAUUAUCAGGAAUAUCCUUGUGAACACUCGGCAACCAUCAUCAGGUUCUCAAAUUUCUAAUCAGGAAAGGGACAGAAAACCUCCUAGACAUCCUAGUCUGCAGUCAUCCCAGACAGAUACAAACGGUAUUCCUGAUGAUAACAAGGUAAUCUCCAAAAAUUUGAAUGCCACACCUUCAGAUAAGCAGGAAAGGCGCACAAGGAACAGAGACAGGCCCGAUCGUGGUGUUUGGGCUCCUCUUAGGCAUUCUGAUGGAUCACAUGCAAGUGAUGAGUCGUUGUCAUCUGCUUCCCAGACAUCUCAAGUGGUGGAUUCUGCAGAAGGAACUAAUGUAGAAGCAAAACAUGACAUGAUGGUUAACCGUGGGGGUCGUGGAAGUCAUUACUCUGCUGAGAAUGGUUCUCAUAGACAAGGGGGUCGCCGUGGCUCGGGUUAUAAUUUGAAGGAUUCAGAUGGCCCUUCCAUUGUAGAGGGAAAACCUUCGAAAAAAGGAGGUUUUUCUGGUUAUGGUUCGCAUGAGAAACAAGUGUGGGUCCAAAAGUCCAGCUCGGGUACAUAG